AAUGUACAUUUCAAUAAGGCUAUUGAGCCCAUUCCGUCUGGCUUGUACCACUCACUUAUCGAGAUGUCCGCCAGGCUGAAGAGAAGAUCACGUGAGCUUAGCCGGGCAUCACGUGACCUUAGCCAGCCACCACGAGCUGUCAAACAUAAAAGUAUGAUCCCCGUGCGUUCGCCGCCAAAACGAACGGCAGGUUCUCAAAACAAGGACGCGGGCCACCGACAGAAAGAGGCCACGUCUGCGUCUCAAGUGAAGGAAAGAAGUCAUCAAGAUCAAGUAGACGUGAAGCAAGAGAAGCCGAAGGGAGAAGGAAGCUACACCAUCCCGCAAAAACACCAAUCGAAUUCACGUCCCGAGAAAUCAGAAGACGCGCUCAAACACGGAAGUAGCGACAACGAGGUUCCGACGAACUUUCACAGAAACAGACUCAGCUUCACCUCGUUCAAGGAUAACCGG